AUGUCGUCCGUCUUUCACUCGGUGAUAUUCCUCAGCUCGCAAAUCGGCACUAGGGAAGCCUGGACAAAGCUUCACCACCUCUCCACGACAGACUGCCUUACGUACGAGGGCGGCAAGUUUUCCAAGUCUCGCGGCCUUGGCGUUUUUGGAGAUUCGGCUCAGAAGACUGGUGUCGCUGCCGACAUCUGGCGCUACAUUUUGCUUGCCCAUCGGCCCGAGGCUGGCGAGAGCGAGUUUGCCUGGGACUCGUUUAUCAGCUGCGACAACAACGUGCUUUUGAAAAACCUAGGCAACUUUCCUGGCCACGAAAUCAACAGGUCGGCGCACUUGUUCGUUCGUAUCAAGCCAGAAAAAGCGGAAGAAUGGCGAAAGGUGUUUGGCAGCGACGAGGUGCAGAAAAUCAAGGACGAGGAGGCCGCUAUGAAAGCAAAGAAAGAGUGCAGCUAG